GACACCCUUAAUUCUCUAGCGGAGUUGAAUAUAAGAGAGUGUCAAAGAGUUAAGAUGAUUGGCAAAUCACGUGACGGAGGACAAUAUUCAAAACGGAUCCUCCGUGUGCUGAGGAUUGUAGAUUGCGGUAAGCUUACGGAAAUACCAUGUCAAAUGGUGGAGUCGUCUCUUGAGAUACUAGAAUUGGAUAAAUUAGAAUCUACCAAUGGUUAUCGGCUGCGUCGCAAAAUCAUCUCGUCUUAGAGAACUCAAAAUUGAUUAUGUUCCUGAAUUCAUCAACACUUGUAGUGUUGAGAGUUGGGAUUUUGGCGGCUUGCAAAAGUUAACUCUAGAUGUUAGUGGAGGGACUGGUGUUUCUGUUGAAGAGAAGGUUAAUGCCAUCUUCAAAGUUUGUUGCGAAUCACUUACUCAGUUAUGCUUACGGGGAGACCAAGAUUUGAAGCAUGUGCCAGAAUCAACGCAAGAUCUCACUGCUCUUUCCACGUUAGAGUUGCAGAAUUUUGGGAUUGAAGAAUUGCCUGAAUGGUUUGAAAAACUCUCGUCACUAACACACUUAUCUCUAUCCAGUUGCAGCAAGUUGAAGCAUCUGCUCUCAUGGGAGACAUUAGAGUGUCUCACUGAAUUACGACGUUUAGAGGUUAAACAGUGUCCGGUAUUACAAAUUGGAGUUGCGUGGCUUGAUCCCCAUCUCACCAUCGAGGUUGAUACCCUCACAAAUGAAAUCUUGGAUGGAGAUAUGUCUUUUGCGGCCAAUGAAGUACUUAUUAAUAGCCUUGUCAACACUCUCAACCAAGUCCAAGAGUACUCUUCCAAUAAAGGUAUCAAACAGCUGCUAAGACAUUUGGGCACUACGCAGAAUUACUUGAAUGGCAUUCCGAAAAACUCCAUUUGCAGAGACGAUGUGCAGAUGUUGAGGAAACUUCAAGCUGUGGCUUUCAACGCUGAUAAUGUUUUAGACGAACUCAAAUAUCAUGCCAAUGAUAAGGUUCAAUCAAGUUUCUCAUGCUUUAAUGCAAACAAAGAAACACGUCGAAGAAUUUCUCAGUCUUUAAUGCUCGUCAACGACACCAAUAAGGAAUUCGUCGAUAUGAUCAAUCAGUUUGCUCAAAUAAAAACCGUGACAGGAUCUGCUGCUCCAAGUGCUUCCUAUAAUUCAGUCAUCCCCGAUCCAAUCUUUACUGGAAGGAAAGAAGAUGUGAAAAUACUGGUUCAGAAGCUCAUAACUUGUAUCCAGGGAAAAGCCAUCUCCAUCCUCGCGAUUGUCGGAAAGGGUGGGGUGGGAAAAGAAACGUUGACUAGGAAAGUUCUAAAUCAUGGAGAUAUCAAAGCUCGAUUUGGAUCACAUGUUUGGGUUAAUGUUUCUGGAAUUUCUGAUCCAGUUAUGCUUUUCAAAAAAAUCCUUUCGAUGUUGACGUCAGAUACUAAUAUUGGUGGACAUAAGACCGAGACCGAGGAAGAUAUCCUCAAGGGGAUUCAGCAAGCUUUGAAGGAUACUACUUAUAUUCUUGUUCUUGAUAAUGCUCGGUAUGAAGAUGUUAAAAAAUGGAAAAAAAUAUUAGAUGAGAUAUCGAAAGUAACUUCUACCAAGGGAAAUGCAAUCAUCAUCACUACCAAGAAUUCAGAAGUUGCUUCAUCAGUGGAACCGUUUUACACUCAUGAGUUGAAGGUCUUAUCAGAUGAAGAUUGUUGGUUCAUAAUAAAAGAAAAAGCUUUUCCAAAUGGAGAUGUUCGAUCAGAAUAUGAGCGCGUUGGAAGAGAAAUUGCUAAAAGAUGUCAGGGUUUGCCGUUAGCUGCUAAUGUAGUUGGCGGAGUGCUUAAAGGUAGAUCAUUGGAAGAGUGGAACGUUUUCAAAGAAAGGUGUCUCUCAGAUACUGAAAAAGCCAAGAGUAUCUCGAAUAUAUUGAAAUGGAGUAUCGAUCGUUUGCCUUCGUCAUUGCUCAAGAUGUGCUUUGCGUAUUGUUCAAUUUUUCCUAAAGGUUGCAAAAUUGUGAAGCAGGAGUUGAUUGAGUUAUGGAUUGCGGAACAGUUUCUUAAACCAAAUGGAGAAAAUGAUAUGGAGUGUGAGGGCGACACGUUUUCGAAUGUACUUGUACACAACUCUUUCCUUCAAGUUGCAGAGAGAGAUAGAUAUGGAAAUGUUUUGAGUUUUGUGAUGCAUGAUCUUAUGCAUGAUCUUGCAAGUGCUCUUCAGAAGAUCUUACGUUCUCCAGAGGGCAGCAUCAGCCCCCGAUACUUGUUUCAUGGAAAAGGUUGUUCAAGUGACAUCCUAAUUAAAAAGUUGCCGGACUCUAUUAGUGAGUUGAUACAUUUGAGAAAUCUCAAUGUUUCAAGAACAAGGGUUGAAUCUUUGCCAACUUGGAUUUCUAAGCUCCGUAACUUGCAAACCUUAAAUGCAUCUACAGAAUCUCUGCGACAGCUGCCAAGUACGUUGAAGAACUUGAGUAGACUACGGCAUCUUUAUGUCUGCCAUGGUGUAGAGUUGCCUGCCGAGAUAGGGAGAUUAACUUAUCUGCAAGGACUCAAGUUUAGGGUGGGAAAAGACAAAGGAUACAGAAUUGAAGAGUUGGGGAAUCUGAAUGAUCUCAAAAAGCUGUCUAUCUAUAACCUUGAAAAGGUGAAAGACAAAGAAGAGGCUCAGAAAGCAAAAAUAUCUCAGAAGCGAAAGUUAACCGAGCUGAGUUUUGAAUGGGAUGCAGAUAGAAAAGGUGAAGUAAAAAAUGCUGAGGCUGUUCUGGACAACCUUGAACCUCACUCGGGCGUGAAGAUGUUAAAGAUUGCAGGAUUCAAAGGCACGGCAUUUCCAUCAUGGGUUCAGAAGAUGGCACAUGGAGAUGGGUCUUUGAUAGGGGGGCUGAUUGAGAUAACACUGAGUGGCUGCCAAGGAUGUGAAAAAAUCCCAGAGCUGGGGCAGUUGCCAAAUCUCAAGAUUCUUAGUUUGAGGAGAUUGAGCAGAGUGAGGCGCAUAAAUUCUCAAUUCUAUGGGAAUAUUAAUGUUGGAGGGGACAGUUUUCCAGCACUUGAAACCCUCUUAUUGACAGGUAUGUUUGAACUGGAAAAAAUAGAAGAUGCUGGCCAGAAAGGGAGGAGGGUAUUUCCAAGGCUUAAAUCCUUGAAAAUCUACGGGUGUCACAAAUUGGAAUGUCUCCCAAGUUGGUUAUUCGAUAAGGCUUUGGGUCUCAAAGAAAUGGAUGUAAGAAAUUGCUCUAAGUUGAGUGCAUUACCAGAUCAUCUAGAUAACCUCAAUUCUCUAGAGUCGUUGACUAUAAAAGGUUGUCAAAAUCUGAAGUCGAUAGUGAACCCAGAGAGCCGACGGGAGUUAACAUCCCUUUGUAGUUUGGAGAUUCGCGAAUGCCAAAAGUUGACGGAUAUUGUAGAGUCACAUGCACCUUCGCUCAAGAAAGUGUCUUUGGUGGAACUAAAAAGCCUAGGGAAUAUAUCCAAGUUUCUUGAUACCUUGGGACAGUACUCACCUUUGCUAGCACAACUCACAAUCGAUUAG